AAACAUUUUAACAUGGCACUUUCUCUCCCCACAAGGCGCAGUAAAGUGGAAUCCUGAAGUGUAACUUAGAUACUUUAUUCUGGUUUUAAUUACCUCCACAUCCGCAGAUUUUGGACUUUUAAUCCACUUAAAACUGUGAUUGGAUAAAUGGGUGGUCAUGUGACCAGGAGAUGCCUUGCCCCUAGUCGGUCACCGAGUGCAAGUCUGCGUUGAGCAGCGGCAGCGGUAUCACCCGGACAUUGCGCCGUAAAUCACUGUACCCCCACCGCUGGAAGACAGCUUUUCCACUAUGGGCGACAAGAAAAGCCCAACCAGGCCAAAAAGACACGCCAAGCCCUCGGCUGACGACGGAUUUUGGGACUGUAGCGUCUGUACCUUCAAAAAUAGUGCCGAGGCUUUCAAGUGCAGUAUGUGUGAUGUACGUAAAGGCACGUCCACAAGGAAGCCCAGGAUAAACUCGCAGCUGGUAGCUCAGCAGGUGGCCCAGCAGUUCGCCACGCCGCCGCCACCCAAGAAGGAGCGCCGAGAGCGGGGCGAGCGCGGCGACCGCCACGAUCCCCACGACCCCGACGACGACCACCUGGACACCGACCACUCCGACUCGGACCGCCUCAGCAGCGUGCACCCCGACAGCGACACGUCCGAGACGCCGCGGCCCUCGCACGGGCCUCGCAGCGACACCUCCGAGACGCCGCGGCCCUCGCCCCGCAUCAUGGACGACAGGCCCCCGCCCGCCCUGCAGCACCGCAUGGACGACAGAGCUCCUCCUCCUCCUCUUCCGCCUCCUCUGCAUCAGCGCAUGGAGGACCGGCCGCCGCCGCACCGCAUGGACGAGAGACCUCCGCAUCGCAUGGAGGAGCACGGGGAGAGAGAGAGGGAGAGGGAGAGGGAGAGGGAGCGGCGUCUGGAGAGGCUGGGCCUGGAGAGGGGACGAGAGGUGGGCCGGGGACGACAGAGCGAUCAGGACAGGGACAGAGAACGGGACCGGAACCAGGACCGGCAGCUGUCUGAGAGGGAGCGGGAGCGGGAACGGGCCUGGCCCGGCAGAGACAGCCCCCCUCCACUACCGGUACCGGUAGGACUGGACAAGGCGCGGGCCAACCGGCCAGCCCACAACAUGCUGCACCAGGACCACCGCCGCAGCUCCGCUGGGUCAGACGGGCCCGGGGAAGCAGAGGGCGACAGCGGGUGUCCCGUCCGGGAGCAGCUGAGGAGGGACAAGGCGGAGAGGGACAAAGCAGAAAGGGACAAAGCUGAACGGGACAAGGCAGAGAGAGACAAAGCCGAGAGAGACAAGGCAGACAAUGAGCCUGAUAAGCACAGCAGCAACGCAGCCAAGGGAGGAGCCGGGGCCAUCAAGAAGCCCACAGCAAAGAAAACAAAACCCAGGUUAGCUAAUAAAGGCUUACCAAGCGAGAAGAAUAGUGUGAAAUCGGGAAAGGCAGCGGGAAAAAAGAACAACCGCCUCAUUUCACGGCCCCGGCUGAAGAACAUCGACAGGAGCAGUGCCCAGCAGCUGGCCAUCACUGUGGGCAACGUGACAGUGAUCAUCACUGACUUUAAGGAGAAGUCCCGCUCCACCUCCACCUCCUCCUCCACGGUCACCUCCAGCGUGGGCUCCGACCAGCAGAACCCCACCUCCGGCUCUGAGAGCAAUGACAGGGGGUCGUCCCGCGCCUCCACCCCCAGGGGGGAGCUCGCCGCCAGGCACGAGGAGGCGCUCUGAGCUGGGCGGUGAUGGAAGUGUUUGUGGUGGUAGUAGUUGUAGUGGUGGUAGUGGAGGGGUGCUGAUGGACCAUGCACCUAACCCACCCCAUCCACUUUUCUGCAGACCCACAUAAUUGAGCCCCUGUGCACAUGGUUGGACUGAGGUACUCUGCAAUGCCAGGGCCACAGGGACAUAAGAAGGGGAGAGGAGUGGAAGGGGAAGGAGAAGGGGAUUGUACGGGGAGCAGUCGCCCUGGUUCUGUGAUGACAUGACAUUCAAAACUGUAUCCUCCUUGCCAUGCUCCCCUUGCCGUGGAGUCGACUUUUCAACAUUUACCUUUUGUGGAAAAACUGAAAAAAAAGCCCCUAGAGGAAGAAGAGGAAGGGUGACUGUACUUUUAAGCCUUAUCCUUGACAAGAUGUGUUUUAAAACUCUCUGUGGCUUUGGGCACAUUUCGCUUAGCUCCCCUGGGAGGACGCGGAAAAAAAGACUGUGGAGGACAAGAGGGACAGAGAGAGGGGCGAAGUUUCCGCUCUCUGCCAAGUGUAAUCCGUCGCCGUAUAACGCUGGUUAUAACAUAGUCGUUUGUGUGGAUCUGUGCAAUCGCAACACAUCUGUUCUAUCCAUCAGGGAUCGUGUGACCUAUCUCUUGUUUGUUUCAUGUUAUUAUAAUUAUUAUUAUUAUUAUUAUUAUUACUCAUUUGGUCAUGUAAUAAAGAAGGACAUAUAAUGCUCGCUGAAACACGGCAGCCAUUUUUGGAAACCUCUCGGAGCACAGGAGAUGAGCUGAAUGCUUGUCCAGUCGCCGUAAUUUACUUCAUGCUUAUAUGACAUGUAAUUGCUUAAAAAAAGAACGAAACUUAUAUUAUUGCUAUCUGUGUAUCUUUCAUUUUGUAUAAAAAAGGUAAAAACUAAACAAAAAACGGACAACUUUAUUUUAUGUUAAGUGUCGACACAGUGUUGUCCUUGGUAUUAAAGACGAUAGCAUUUUUUUCCUUCUAAAUAUAAUGAAAUCAUGAUGACAUUCUGUGUAUUUUACGGCUGUUAUUUAUUGAAUGAUCAAAGAAAACCAUAUAUAUCUACACUCACUAGCUGUCUUUUAAAAAAGAAUGAAAAUUUUGAAAUAAAGAAUGCAUUACGCUAAGUUAACCUGA